CCGCCGGUGGGGCUGACCCCGGCGGGGUCGGGGGGUCCUGCAGGUCGGUCGCGUGUCCCGCCCCGGCGCCUCCGCCGCCGCGAUGGUGCUCCUGCACGUCAAGAGAGGCGACGAGAGCCAGUUCCUGCUGGAGGCCCCCGGCAGCGCCGAGCUGGAGGAGCUCACCGUGCGGGUGGCCCGGGUCUACAACGGGCGGCUCAAGGUGCAGCGGCUCUGCGCCGAAAUGGAAGAAUUAGCAGAGCAUGGCAUAUUUCUCCCUCCCAAUAUGCAAGGAUUGACUGACGAGCAGAUUGAAGAGCUGAAAUUAAAGGAUGAAUGGGGUGAAAAAUGCAUCCCCAGUGGGGGUGCCGUCUUUAAGAAGGAUGACAUUGGCCGGAGGAAUGGGCAAGCUCCAAAUGAAAAAAUGAAGGAGGUUCUAAAGAAGACCAUAGAAGAGGCCAAAGCAAUAAUAUCUAAGAAACAAGUGGCAGCUGGUGUCUGUGUUACUAUGGAGAUGGUGAAAGACGCCUUGGACCAGCUUCGGGGUGCAGUGAUGAUCGUUUAUCCCAUGGGGCUGCCCCCGCACGACCCCAUCCGGAUGGAAUUCGAAAAUAGAGAAGAUCUGGCAGGCACUCAGGCGGCGCUCAGCAUCAUCGAAGAGGCCCAGGCCCAGCUGUGGUGGGCAGCCAAAGAGCUCAGAAGAACAAAGAAGCUCUCAGACUACGUGGGGAAAAACGAGAAAACCAAAAUCAUCGUCAAGAUUCAGCAACGGGGUCAGGGAGCACCAGCCCGGGAACCCAUCAUGAGCAGCGAGGAACAGAAGCAGCUGAUGCUGUAUUAUCACAGACGGCAGGAGGAGCUCAAGAAACUGGAGGAGAAUGAAGACGACUCCUGCUUGGACUCGCCGUGGGCAGAUAACACUGCUUUGAAAAGACAUUUCCAUGGGGUGAAAGACAUAAAGUGGAGACCCAGAUGAAGCUUCUAAAACUACCAGCUAGCCUUGCUACAAAAGAUGUUAACAUUUCUAUUUUCCUAGUUUUCUCUUGGUUUGAAAUUGUAAAAUGACAGUUAUUCAAGGUUUUAGAACUUAAUAAAUACAUUCUCAAAAGCA